AUGAAACAAGGCUAUCGCAACCUGUCACAGGUGAGUGAUAGUGACGAAGAAACAGUCUUAGAACUGCAGUCCUCGGACGCCGAAAGUUCGUCGGAUGAUGAAAGCGUUUCAAGUGAGAACUAUGUAGAGACUGAAAGCGCUACAUCUCCGCCUGAAGGGACAUCCUCGACAUGGAAGGCAACAAUGAACUUGAUAAACUUCAUCGAAGGAGUUGGAUUGCUUGCUUUGGCGUAUUCUAUCAAAAAGGGUGGAAUCACAGCUGUGAUAUCACUGUUUUUAGUGCCAAUUAUCACCUGGUACGCAGGAAAAGUGUUAGCCGAGAGUUUGUACGACAGCGACGAGAAAAAAGGAAAGACUCGAACUAGAUCAACUUGGAAGGAGAUAGGAGACGCGAUAUAUCCUAAAUAUGCUGGUAAAAUUGUCGCCUGGAAUCAAGACAUUGGUUUUGUUUUUAUAGCAGUCAGUUAUCUAAUUCUCUGUGGAUCUCUCACAUCCCACGCCCUACCAACAGUACCCCUCUCGCAAACUUCCUGGACCUGCUUCGCUGCACUGCUUAUUCUACCAACAAUGUUUUUGAAAUCGUACUCCCAGAUUGCAUGGCUAAGUACUAUUAGUAUAGUCGCCAUUGGUCUAACU